AUGCACUUCUCGGUAGGAAAUCCAUUAGCUGAUCGAUUGCGUGGCUGUAAAAAAGGGUACGGUGGUGGACGAGUCGUUGAAACAAUCAAUUCGGUGGCUCUAUUCGGAGAAUUGUCCGAGCAAAGGCAUACCUGUUCUGCACGUGUUACACGCACAGCUGAAUUCGUUACAAUCAACCACUCACACUUUAUUGCACUCUAUAAUUCAGUGGAAUCGAGAACAAUCGAGGCCGGCCUUCUGCUGAAAAGAACUAUGCAGCUUCGAGCCGCGGGAAUGAUUCGCGAUCGCAAAGGCCAUAUGCAGAUAUAUCGAUGGUGUAUGAUUGGUAAUGAGAUGGUUGAUUGGCUGUGCGCUUUAUGUGUUGAAACGUUGAAUUCGAAUACAACAAGUCAAAUUUCACGAUUUCAAGUUGUCGUGAAUAAUGAAGUGCAAUUUGCUGAUAAACAUAUUUUCUACCGUUGGACGUUGGAUGAGGACAGCAACGAAGUGGGAAUGAGGGCUCGGAAUGGUUAUUUAGCGGAAGUGGACAAUCCUAUACCGAUUGUGCAUUUGAGUGAUCUAGCAUCUGCAGUAUUCUUUUUGAGCACGAUCGGACCUGAUGCACUUUUUCGAAUGAUUCUUAGUAAACCCUCAUCCGAGCGAAGUGCCGAAGAACUAGAGCUUGUUCAUGAGGAGCUGUUACACGUUAAGGCGUUAGCACAUUUGAGUACGAUGGUGAAACGUGAGCUGGCCAGUGUUGUGCUCUUCGAGCAACAUCAACACACCGGAACGAUACUGUUCAGACAAGGGGACGAGGGUAGUUGUUGGUACAUCAUACUGAAGGGAUCUGUGAAUGUCAGCAUCCAUGGAAAGGGAGUGGUGUGCACGUUGCAAGAGGGUGACGACUUCGGCAAGCUGGCGCUUGUGAACGAUGCACCACGUGCCGCUACGAUAGCACUGAAUGAAGACAACUCACAGUUUCUUAGGGUCGACAAGACCGAUUUCAAUAGGAUUCUUCGUGAUGUUGAAGCGAAUACAGUUCGUUUGAAAGAGCAUGGACAUGAUGUGCUAGUGCUGGAAAAGAUUAAUAACACCUAUAAACAAGAUUCAACCGCGCAUGAUCCGUAUACGGGUGAGCCGGUCACGUCGAGGCAACACUGUUGUUAUUCGGUGAUGGCUGGAUUGCCCGAAAAGAUGGUUGAAUACCUUUUGGAGACGAGGAUCGAUGCACACGCUGAGGACGGUUAUGUGGACACGUUUCUAGAAGAUUUCGUGCUAACGCAUACCAUUUAUAUGCCGCCAAAUAUCUUAUGUAACUACCUCAAAAAUUAUUAUAUGAGAGGAUCAACGGUAUGCCUGCCAUUUUGA